UCAAACACGAGGGUGGCAUCAUUGCAGUAGACAUCAAUCAAGAGAUGGGUGGACAACAAUGCACAGAAGAAGCUGGAUAUUGCGUGGGUGGAGGCGAUGUUCCGUGUUGGCAUUGCGUUCAACUUCCUGAACUUUGACACGAAGCAGAAGCUCCACGAAGUUUACUUGGAAGUGGCGAAUGCGCGAUCGAAGGUCAAGCUGCCCUCGUACAAGCAUAUGAGAACGGUGAUGCUUGACUUCAUCUACUUACGAAUUCAAAAGCAAGUGCAUCCUUUGACAACCUAUUGGGAUGAAUCUUGCUGUACAUUCAUCACGGACGGGUCAUCCGACCGUCGAGAGCGCCCUGUCAUGAACUUCUUGGCAGCGGGGGAGAAGGGUGCAGUUCUGGUGGCCACAAUGUCAAUGACGGCAAGGAAGGAAACAACGCAGGCGUUGGCAAAGUUGUGGGAGCAGAUCAUGAGGGAGAUAGGGGUGCGUCGCAUCAACGCGAUCUGCACCGACAAUGCCGAGGUGAACAAGAAGGCUGCUCAGAUUCUGGAGCGCCGCACUGACAAAGACAUUGCAAGGAUUCCAUGGGUUCCUUGCGUUGCGCAUUGUUGCAGCCUUUUGCUGCGAGACUUCAACAAGCUAGACUGGGUGAAGACCACUGUCAAGAGAGGCCACACUAUUGUGAAGUUGAUCCAGAACCACCACUCCACGAAUAGCCUGAUGAUGUCCAUGGACGAUUCCCUGACAUUGCUUCGUCCCACAAAAGUUUGGUUCGGGUCAGUGUACAUGAUGUUGGAGAGGCUUCUGAACAGGAAGGCAGUGCUGUCGGAUAUGGUGGAUCGGAAAAAUGCAGCACGGUGGACGGGGAUCCGUUGGUCCACUGCAAAGUUGAAGUCAAAAGCGGACCUGGUUUACUUCACCAUGAGGAGAGACGGCUGGUGGAUGGAGUUGAAGAAGGUGGUCGAUGUAAUGGAACCGUUGUACAACCUUCUUAGGAGGAUGGAUCGGGAUGGAACAUCGUCGACAAACCUUGUCGAAUACGACGAUCUGAUCGAAAGGAAACUGGCUCAUGUUGUUCUCACUGAGGAGCAGCGGGCGAGCGUCAUGGAGAAAGCCAGAGAUCGGGUGAAGAUUAUGCGGCAGCCAAACGCGAUGCGUUACCUGCAGAGACACGUUGAAGGUCCUUGGAAAGGGCCAGACCACCUUGACGUUUUGGGUGACCUGCACGAGUUUCACAAGGAGCACAUGCCGAACGGGCCCAAGAGAAAGGACAAGAAGAUGUGGGAGCCUGAUGCGAAGGUUGAUUGCGAGAAGCUCACACCGUCAGAGUGGUGGGCGACUUAUGGUGGCGAUGUCCCCGACUUGCAGUCCAUUGCCAUCAAAGUAAUGGGCAUGUCGAGUACAACAACACCGACUGAGAGGAAUUGGUCGUCCAUGGACUUCGUGCAUUCGAAAAGGAGGAACAACUUGAAGCCCGAAACAUUGGAGAAGUUGGUGUACAUCCAUUGGAACAUGCAACUAUUGCGUGUUGCCAACAACGGCGGUGCCAACGACGAGGGCUACGUCAAUCUGUGGAUUUCGUUCUUCGAGGCUAUUCCGGAGCCAGACGAGAACGAUGGAUCUAUCUUGAGGGGCCCUGAGGACGAAACUGAGAAGGCGGAUGAGGAGUUGUUGUGGAAGGGGAAGUUUGGAUUGUCGGAUGAGACGAGCGGCGCGGACGAGGAGGAGGAUGAAAGUGAUUCCGAUUUUGAGCUGGGAACCCAGCCAUCGGUCCCGGGCACUACUUACGUUGGUAGGAGAGAACCUGCAGGGCGUCGGAGGGAGAAGCAGCCCGCGGUCUCUACACAGGCCCGGAGGGAAAGCUCCUCCCGAUACCAUCCUCAGUCCGACGUUGAGUUCCAUCACAUGGACACAGACAUCGAGUUGCUGCUGCAAAGAGGUCCGGUUGAUGAAGAUGAGGCGGAGGCCGACCGUGCAAAGGCAUUAGCAGAUCACGAUAGAGAUGCCAUCCAAAAACGGAUCAUGGAAGAUGAUGCCCGACGCACAACAAUCCCAACUCGGAGGGAGAUUAAGAGAUGCAAGAAGAAGGUUGGGGAAAAGGAACCGGAGACACGUCGGCCAUCGGACGCUGUGCAAGAGCGAGAAGAGGAAGAGCAACAGCAAAGUGGACCGGUUUUGAAGGUGGCGGACCAGCAAGAGGCGAAGCACCGCAAAGAGGCGGACCAGCAAGAGGCGGACCAGCAAGAGGCGGAGCACCGCAAAGAGGCGGAGGAGAAGGACCAGCAAGAAGACAAGGACGACAUGGACCACCUACAAGAGGCAGAGAUGGAGCACGGAGAAGAGGACGAGGAGAUGGAGCAUGAAGAGGACGAGGAGGGGAUGGAGAGUCAAGGAGUGGAGGAGGCCAUGGAACAGCAAGAAGACGCGGAGGGCAUGGAUCAACAGGACAUGUGUAGACUCCCCUGCCUGCAGUGAACGACGAAGAAGAGCACCAGCCUGCAAGAAGUGGAGGAGGCCAUGGAACAGCAAGAAGU